AUGUCGGAGCUCCUGCAGAAUUGGCUCAACAAUGAGGUGGGCCUUUCAACCAAUGUCUCGAAUUUCGAGAAGGACUUCUCAUCAGGAUACCUCUUUGGAGAAAUCCUGCACAAGUUCUGGCAAGCUGACUUCGAGCAGUUCCAGAACAAGAACUCUCACCAAGCGAAGAUCGCCAACUUCAAGUCGUUAGAACCGAUCUUGAAGGCACUGGGCAUCAAAUUCAAUGCCACCCUGAUCAACGCAGUGAUGAAUGGCGAACGGGGUGCAGCCUUAAGGCUGCUCUACCAGCUGAAAAUGGCUUCCGAAAGGAGUGAGCGUCCUGUGCUGGCCCUCCAAGCUUCUGCUCUAGAAAUGCAGGCCAGUGUGGGCUGGCCCGGCGCCUCCAUGAAGGUGCGACAAGCACGCGUAGAGAAACUCACUCGGAAGUUCGAGUUAGAGAAGCAUAAGCAGGAGAUCGUGGCCUUCGAGAUGGAUCACAUCGAACAGGCGCAUGUGGAGGAGCAGCGACAGAUCCAUCGUUUUAGUCUUCGGGAGCGUCUGCGGCAGAACCGGGCGGCGAAGGAUGAGUGGGAGGCCAGAGGCCACGAGCUCUGGCAGGAGAACAUGAAGGUGCGCAUGACAAGGGAGAACGAGCAGAUGCGCUUCUCCGACAAGGUCUUGAGGACUCAACAGGAGAAAGAGCUCACGCUCCGUCGACAGGCGGCCGAAGAGGUCUUAAAGGGUACACAGGACUUCGAGAGCGGCCUGGUGACGCUGGGCCUGACGAAGACCAAGGAGGAUGUGAUCCCAGAAGACAGCUCCGAGGAGGAGACGGACUCCGUGGAGAAGCUGUUGGCCCAGACCUCGAAGGUCGCCAGCGCCAAGGAACUGGUCGAGGCGCUUCAAGCCAAGCUGCCGACCGGUCAGGAGCUGAACUACGAGGCCAACCUCUUCAUGCGAAAGAUCAAGGAGUCUAAGGAGGCUGGCGCCAUCGCGCGCCGGGAGCGGGAGCGGCGGCGCCGCCGAGUGCUGGUGGAACAGCAGCGCGAGCAGGAGAUGCUCGAGGAGAAUCAACUGGAGCAGGUGCUUCUGGAAAAGCUGGGCCGCGAGUCCAUCGAGGAGAGCGCCAUCAGCUAUCGCAGCUGGCGGGUGAACAUGUUCGAGGAGGUCUUUGUCAGGAACCGGCAGGCGCGACAGCAACAGUACAUCGCGCAGAAGCGGGCCGACAAAGAGGAGGCCGGAUGA